AUGACAAACUCCCAGAAGUCCAUCGCCUUGUGUGAGCACUUCCAGAGCGUACACACGAAGGAUGAGGUCAUCCUGCAACCCAUGCACCAGCCGGCAGGAUCCACGCUGAUGGAGGAAAUCAUUUUCCUACCGGACGAGGUGGAAAAUACUCUGGUGAUUUUAGAUAGGGAAAAAGCGGUGGGACCGGACGAAAUCCACCCGGCACUGCUUGGGCCUCUAGGGAAUAUCCUGGCUGCCCCGUUAGCUCGCCUAUUCAAUCUGUCCAUGGCGACAGCC